AUUCACCGCAUCACUCCUAUCCGAAUCGCCCCCUCAGCAACUGCAAGCGAGCAGCCAUGGCGCUCGCGCUGCGCUGCCCCGCCGCCACGCCGUCGCCGGCCAAGGCCUCCUCCCCGUCCUCCCAGCCGGCGAGGAUCCCUAGGAGGAGGCAGGCCGGCGCCGGAUGCAGGUGCCACUACUACGGCGACGGCGGCGCCCGAAGGGGGAGCUACGACCACAUCCCCAAGCAGUUCCGCGAGGAAGGCCUCAAGGAUGGCCUAAUGGAUAAUUACAAGAAUGUCCCCCAGUUCCUUUAUGGCUUAAGUCCUGCACAGAUAGAAAUGUUUACAAAUGACGACAACCCUUAUAAUCGGCAAUCGAAGAAGGUUACAGAGGAAAGCGUUGCUGCUUCUAGGAGUUAUGAUGAAUUUGGUAUGUACAACUUAUCAGGCCAGCAUGAGGGCCCUGCAAGCUACAGCAUGGACAUGGGCAUGAGUAUGGGUAUGGGAAAUGCCAGCAUGAGAAUGGGUAGAGCAGGGCGGGGAUAUAGAAGAAUGAGAAGCUCAGCUCCAGACCUGCCAUCAUUGCUAUUGGACUCUCGAAUUAUAUUUCUUGGAAUGCCAAUCGUUCCAGCCGUAACUGAGCUUAUCGCCGCUCAAUUUCUGUGGCUAGAUUAUGAUGAUCGCACCAAACCAAUUUACCUAUAUAUAAACUCCACAGGAACAAUGGAUGAAAAUAAUGAGCUGGUUGCAUCUGAAACUGAUGCAUAUGCAAUUGCUGAUUUUAUCAAUCGAAGCAAAUCCAAGGUUUACACAAUCAAUCUUAGCAUGGCGUAUGGUCAGGCUGCAAUGCUUCUCUCCCUGGGUAUGAAGGGUAAAAGAGGAGUGCUGCCAAAUUCAAUCACCAAACUGCACCUGCCUAAGGUCCAUAAAUCUGGUGGAGCUGCCAUUGAUAUGUGGAUCAAGGCAAAAGAGUUAGAUACGAACACGGAUUACUACCUGGAGCUUUUGUCUAAAGGAGUCGGUAAACCGAAGGAAGAGCUUGCAGAAUUCCUCAGGGGUCCGAGGUACUUCCGGGCACAAGAGGCCAUCGACUACGGGCUCGCCGAUACGAUCUUGCACUCGCUGGAUGGCUCAUUCAAACCAAAGGAUUUGACCGCGCAGCUGGCCAAAGCGAAGGAGAUGCGGCAGUCAGGGAAGCGCGCAGCAGCUGGAGCUGGGCGAUGGAGCACCCCCACUGCACCCAGAUAGACCAGAAACAUUAUCACGCCAAAAUGCAUUCAACAUGCACGCUGCGGUGAUGAUGCAGAUAACGUGGAUUGUCCAAUACAGAACACCUAGCAAGCCUGUUGUACUUGUAUACCUGCAACAAGGGAGAUCCACGUACUUAAUCCAUGCUGACGAAAAGCGUUGCGCAAGUGCUAUACAGCAGCUAUAUUGUAUUCUCUGAUAGAUUUUGAACAAUGGAAGUGGCAAACUUUCUUGGCAACUUGGAGUGUAGCAGAUACAUAUGAUGUUCGAUUUUUCAUGGUUGUCGUGCCAGUGUACAUUUUAAUUACACAGAUAUAUUUACUUUCAGCACA